AUGGCUGACGAAAAGCCCAAGGAAGGAGUCAAGACUGAGAACAACGAUCAUAUUAAUUUGAAGGUGGCGGGGCAGGAUGGUUCUGUGGUGCAGUUUAAGAUUAAGAAGCAUACACCACUUAGUAAACUAAUGAAAGUCUAUUGUGAACAACAGGACACACCUGCACAGUUGGAAAUGGAGGCUGAAGAUACAAUUGAUGUGUUCCAGCAGCAGACAGGAGGUGUCUACUAA